GUAUUUUCAACCAGUCAAACAUAUUAUAGCAAGUUGAAUUCAAUUGGCUUAUUGUUAUUAGUGCAAAUAUGCGCUCUAUCAUUUCGCUCAUAAUAUCUUUCCUUUGCCUUGCGCUCAGCGCGCAGGCUCAAUUCCAAUUCUUCGAGCAGAUGUUUCAAGGCGGCGGACAUGGGCAUGCGCAGGCGCAGCCCCAGAACGUCGCGAGCGACUCGGAUUGGUAUCAGCGAACAUAUAAUGAAGCCCACUGCACAAACUACCUUUGCCCGGGAACUCUCUCGUGUGUGCAUUUCCCACAUCAUUGCCCCUGUGCAUGGCCGUCGAAUGAAGACAAGAUCGAAUUGGGCGAGGGCAGUGCCGUUUGCGCAUCCAAAGGCGGAUACAAAGCAGGAGAAAUGGCCCGCAAGGUCGAGCUGGCUAGAAAGGGCUUAUUAUGAUUUUUUUGAAGGCACUCGUGCCAUUUUUGAUAUAUGCAUAGAUUUAGAACGCAUGGCCCCGGAGUUGAACCAGCUUUAGGCAGUUAUUUGGAUUCAUUAGCACUGCGUUUUGCAGCACAGAGCAGGCGGUUGUUCGAUUCUGAGCCUGGCGUAUGCUCAUGGCGCCUGGUGCUCCUCAAUUAGACCACCGAACGAGGCUUUUCCUAG